UGUGACACGCUAUAUAUACAUCAGCCUACCGGUGGCUUGGUUAUAAGACUUUUUUCGUGCUUUUAUUUUUUAGGCGUGGAGGUGGUUAAGACAAACAGUUUCAAUGGGGUGGUGUGAUAUGUUAUCGCCUUCGUCGUCGUUGAUUCUUCGCCUUAUGGCUAUGUACGUCUUGGCCAGUGCUCAAACGGGCCCCGGGUCCGUCAUACCUAUAGAAGUGGACAAUACCAACUGUGGGAAAACAUACAUGGAGGCUUUGGUUCCUCAAAUAUUUCCAGACUUUGGCAGAGCCAUGAUGAAGGGACCUCAGUGGUCUUUUGUGGUGAAUGACGGGGGGGAGCAAAUCUCUAUGGCUCUUGACCAGGCCAGUGAAAAUGGCUACGAACUGAGAAAAGUGGAUGGCAAGCUGGUGAUCAGAGCCUACUUCACUGCGAAGGGACUUCAGAUCUUUGAGAAGCCCUUGAAAACGCAGUCCCUCUACCUGGCAGAUCUCCAGCUGAAGAAUGACCUUUCGAGCGUGGCGAUUUUAAUCCACGUCGUAAUGAUCUGUGUGCCCGAUCCGGUGGUGUGCAGCAAGACCGAACUGGUCAUCCACAUCCCGAAGUUCACUGGCAGCCUUGUCCGCAUGACUGUCGGAACACGGACCUAUCUGCCCUCCCGGCACUACCCCGAUCUGGAAAUCCAGCAAGGUUUUGAUGAGACUCGGAUUUCAGUCUUGUUCUCGAGCCCCCUGGUGGAGGAGAAGUACUGUGAGGAUGUCCACAAUGCAUCUUCCAGGCAGAAUGCCUUGCCAGAAACUAAGAUGACUUUUGAUGUGAGGGGAGCAGAGUUCUCUAUGACUAUUGAACCUGUCUGCCAGUGCAACAUGGUGCCGCUGUGCAAGGAUGGCUACAUGGAUGUAGACGUAUCGGCGGGAUCCACCGUUCCUGUGCUGAACCUGUCCACUGUCCAGCUGAGGGAUCCCUCCUGCAGGCCGGCCGGUGUGUCUGCAGGGGGCCUCCAGUAUCGCAUCCCCCUGGACAGCUGUGGGACCACAGUCAAGAUGCUGAAUGGCCAACUCGUUUAUGAAAAUGAGAUUGUUGCUGUGAAGAGAAUUCAAGGGGGAAUCACAAGAGAUGCUGAAUUCAGGUUGACAGUGGUGUGCUACUUCAAUGGCAGUGCUGAUCCCUUGCUAACUGUCCAGAUGAAUACCAAAGCCCCACCUCCUCCUGUUCUGGAGCAGGGAGAGAUUCAGGUGGUGCUUCUUGCCUAUCCAGAUGUUCAGUACAGCAGGCCCUAUGGCACCCGGGACUACCCCAUCCUGAAAUACCUGCAGGAGCCAGUGUACCUGGAGGUGCAGGUGCUCAACAGACAGGACCCCAACAUCAAGCUGGCUCUGAAUGACUGCUGGGCUACUGCGUCCCCUGAUCCCAGCACUGCUCCUCGCUGGGACAUCAUUGUGGAUGGCUGUGAGUAUGAGGAGGACAACUACAAGACUGUGCAGCACCCCAUGUCUCGCUUCCCGACUGUCCAGUUCCUAAACCACUACAGGAGGUUUGAGGUGAAGAUGUUCACCUUUGUCUCCGAGGGCAACCAGCUGACGGACUCGGUGUACUUCCACUGCAGCACCUUGAUCUGUGCCUCCCAGAGGCCGGACUCUGCCUUGUGCUCCAGGAGCUGCCCCAGUGGAUUUCAAGGGAGGAGGAGACGAGGUCUGAGGGAUCAGUCCUCCCCCUUUGUGAGUGAGGUGUUAAUGAGCUUGCCAGGACCAGUAACUGUUCAGAAUGCUCUCCACUGAACUGGUUUGAAACUUAACACCCCUGCCUAUUGGACUUGCAGAAGUUAAGACUUAUUGCCACUGUAAUCUUGGUGCAGCAAUAAAGGUUGUUUUGCAAACUGA